AAAAUGAAGUAGAGUUGAGGAUGCCUCAGGACCCUGCCCUCCCUCCUACGACGACCUCCGACGCAGCCCCCGCGACUAUUCCAGGCAUGCCCCGCGCGACCGAGCGCAUGCGCGCCGGGGCGGUGUGACGCUGGACAUCGGCCCGGACGCAGGCGUGAGGCAGUCGGAGCCGAGGAACCCCAGCGGCGUCCCUGCGCUCCAGUGCCUUGCUUCGGUGCUCCGCGGCGGCGCCUCGAGAGUUCGCAGGUGGAAAAAUGGCGUUUGUGAAGAGUGGAUGGUUGCUGCGACAGAGUACUAUUUUGAAGCGUUGGAAGAAGAAUUGGUUUGACCUGUGGUCAGAUGGUCACCUGAUCUAUUAUGAUGACCAAACUCGGCAGAGUGUCGAGGAUAAGGUCCAUAUGCCAGUGGACUGCAUCAAUAUCCGCACCGGGCACGAGUGUCGGGAUAUUCAGCCUCCAGAUGGGAAGCCAAAAGACUGUAUGCUGCAGAUUGUUUGCCGAGAUGGGAAAAUUAUCAGUCUUUGUGCAGAAAGCACAGAUGAUUGUUUGGCCUGGAAAUUUACACUCCAGGAUUCCAGGACAAACACAGCUUACGUUGGCUCAGAGGUCCUGUAUGAUGAGACAGCUGUGGCUUCUUCCCCACCUCCUUAUACAGCUUAUGCUGCACCAACCCCCGAGGCAUAUGGCUAUGGUCCAUACAGUGGUGUAUACCCUCCAGGAACUCAAGUUGUCUAUGCUGCAAACGGGCAGGCUUAUGCUGUACCCUACCAGUACCCAUAUGCAGGACUUUAUGGACAACAGCCUGCCAACCAAGUCAUCAUUCGGGAGCGGUAUCGAGACAGCGACAGUGAUCUGGCACUGGGCAUGCUGGCUGGGGCAGCCACGGGCAUGGCCUUAGGGUCUCUGUUCUGGGUCUUCUAGAGUCCUUCAGAUCUGGAUAUGCAUAGCUUCUGAUGCCCUGUGUGCAAUACUAUAAUUUGCAGGGUGUUUUCUGUUGGUGAUAAAUGUUAAUAAUAGUUUGAAUAGUUCUUUUGAAAGUGGUGACAUCAUAGUUAUAACUAAUCCAUACACGUACUGUAGAGAAGGCUUCUGAUUUCUGUUUAGCUAAAACAUGACUCUGGGGCACUGGCUCAUUCCAGGAGUUUGUUUAUAGAACUCUUGGAAUACCUUAUUUUGAACAUACCUAUUUUGAACAUACCUGUUUUGAAAGGCGUUUUCUUUUCAGUUAGGUGUAGUGCUUAAGGGACAGUUUACUUUAGUGUUAUAAUAGUAUGGUGAUGUAUGAGUGAGUUAUGUGGCAAGGAGAACUGCAGCUUCUUUCUGUUUAAUAUCAAACUUUCAAGCCUCAGAUCAGAACUGGCUGCAUGUAACUUCAGGAAUUAUGAGCUGGUAAGCUCUCAGGAACUUCCCUGAGGCAGUGGGGUUGGUAUUCCCACAAUCUAUGGGGCCAGUGACUGCUCAGGAUGGUGGGGGAGGGGCAGCCCUCCCUCCCCCUCCCCCCCCCUUAAAAUGAUGCUUCUUCAUUUUAUUCUUUGUUUUCUUGGUAGCGAUACUUGGAAAAUAUCCCACAUUAGGAAUUGACUUGAGCCUCAAAGUUUUAGGGCUUUAUCCUUUAAAACUUGAAGAAGGCAAAACAGUUACAAGUAUGUGGAGAUAGAUUUGCUUUAUUCAGAGACAUUAUGUUUUUAGUGUCUGCUUUGAGUAUUUUUAUUGCCACCUCAGCCUAUUUACAGCUUAUUUUUCUACCUGUUGAGAAAGUGCUAUUAGAAGAAUGGUGAGGAAAAUGGAAUGAGAGCCAUACUUACAGUGUUACUGUGUUAGGCCUCCAGAGAUUGCACUGUGCAGAGGAUGCUCUUUCCCAACCUUCUGAAGGCUGUUAAAAAGCAGGUGUCCUGUUUUGUGCAGGACUGGGGCACUGUGGCUGUCCCCAAGCACUAGGGUGCAUGGAGCCCUGGUGGUGGCAUAGUGAGGGCUCUUGGACCAUGGCUGUGGGGGAGACUCAGGUUAGAGAUGGGAAAUGAAGCCUAAGGACUUGAAUGACUUGCUGUCAAGAUAUUAGUGAACCUGACCAGGGCGCCAGCUUUGUUUUUAUUCCUGACUCAGGUGUCACAGAGAAGCUUAAACAUUUAAUUUUGAGCCCCAGCUAUGUGUGAAGCUCUGGAAAACCCAUAAUCCUGCACUUCUCUUAUUUAUGUGAAUUUUUAAAGCUUCUAAUUAGUCCAGUUUUCUGUCCUGCAUGCUUUAAAAAAUGUACUUCUACCAAGGCAAUUUAGCACAGUAGUAGUGCCUGUUCUCACACUCCGUGUGGCCCUGUUUCCACAAAAUACGCAGACAUAGUUGAGCCUGGAAAUUCACUGUUGCCAGUGACUUGAUGCUGAUAUGAAAUGCAUAGUAGUUAUAAAGAUGGGCUGAGAUACUUCAUUUCCCUGGUCCAACUUCCAAAGAUGUUAACUCUGUGAUCACCUCAAUUUAUGUAAUCCUAAAUCAACAAGUUAGAUGAGGUGGAAGGAACUUGUUCAUGUGUGAGUAAGCAUUCCGCGUUCAUAUGUACUUCUGUAUAAUGUACCUGGAAGAAGUUGGCCACUGACAUUGCACACAUGCCGAUCUGAUUUUUCUUUUAAUUCCUGGAGUGCACUUCGGGUCAUAGUAAAGAGAAGGAAGAGAGCAGUGGCUGUGUUUCAGAUGAUCAUCCUGAAACAGGCCAGGCCCCAAGACCUGGAUCAUAAGGAGACGUUCCUGUGUUUGAGACAAAUGUCCCAACUUUAUUUUCUACAUCAGUUAUGAUCCUGUUUCAUUUUUCUUUCUCCUUCCCAAGUUUAUGUAGACAGAGGCUUGGAAUGCAGGUCCAUUUUUUUCCCCCUAGAAUUGAUCUAUUUUCUGAUUGCUUCCCUGUCUCUUGUAUUCUCUUGUGUCCACAGAACCUGUUUUUCCCUAUAUAUGCAAAUUGUAUGUUUAUAAGUGAAAAUGUUAAUACAUUAAAUGAUUAACCAUAAA